ACACUAGUCACAGUGCUAGCUGUGCUGGACGGUGGGCACAAGUGGGCAGGCUUUAAAAUUUGAGGGCAUACACAGUUCAUACCAGUUUGUACCCCUUACCCAAGAGAUACCCAUGAACUGAGUCUAAAGAAGCUGAUUGUUGAACGAGUCGCUGUUCAGGACAGAAACAGGGUGGGAGUAUUGCAUUGCGUAUUGGAUUGAACGGCAGGCGGUGGUUUGGAGCGGUCUGUCCUAUUUGCGGCUCUCGCAAGCCACAACAUUAUAGUAGUAUCCACAACUGCCUUAAGGUGGUCUUUCCCACCACGAUGUGAGGCUUCAUGGCGGCUUGUAAGGGAGCUCCACAGCAUUGCAAUCUCCAAGUAGGAGACAUUAUCGAACACAGGGGCUCCAGAAGUGGCUGCAAAGGAGCCUGGAUUCAAUCAGAGGUUCUGGACAUUUCAUACGGCGAGGCAGCAGAAGCGAUAUACUUGCAUGUGCGGUGUUUGAAUUUUGACGAUGACUUGCGAACGGUGCGCCUCUAUGAGGCUGUCCCGUCUCAGUCAGCCAAGAAGAGCAAGAAGGUCCCCAUGGCGCGGCCACAGCCGCCCCCUCACUACACCACCUUUGCAGAGUUGUCCUCGUUCCAAGGCCAGGAGCUGCUGUUCCAUAGGACACGAGACUAUGUGGCUGGAGACGCUGUGGACGUGCCACUCAACAAUUGCUGGUGGGAAGGGCGCGUCAAGAAGAUCGAUGGCGACCAAGCCACGGUCGGUUUCCCGAAGCAUGGCGCUGGAGAAGAAAGCACUCAGACGGUCAGUACAGGUGUCCUUCGGCCCACCCUGGUCUGGCAGGAUGACACGUGGAGGGCCCCACCACUCAACAAAGGGGUUCCUCCCCUAGGCAUCUUCCAAGAUACAACUGCGGCAGACCUUCCAGAGACGCCGACAAUUCAAGCGCAUCCUCUCGUGUCCGAACCACUCAAGAAAGUGGAUCCGUUCCUGGACUUUACGGAUGAUGACGUCAGACAGGGGUUGGAGACGUUGCUUGGGUACGUGCCUCGGAGGAGUCACCCGGGGGUGCAGCAGCUGGGCCUUCGGGGCUUCUUCAAGCAGAAAGUGAAAGAAAUGCACGCGGAAGAGCUCUUCUCGGCGGCCCCAGUAAGAGCGCCCGCAGCAAAAAGUGCUCGCGUGCACGCGCGCUCGCCGGCGAGAGUGACGCAGGGUAAGGACGAGAAGAAUGCGCUUAGCACCGAUUUGCCGCGCCUCCAAGUCACACCUGAGAAGAAAGCCCGGUUGCGCGCACCGGCGCACUCCGGAGACGGCGCAAAAACGAAAACCAGGGCUGAAGAGAAGUCUUCGGAAGAACCACUAAAGGCAGAAUUGGUGUCAAGAAGUGCUGAAGAGGCUCUUAGUCCGGCAACGGGGAGCGGGAAAACCGCAGUGGUUGAGAACUCAGGAGUUGAGGGAGGGGAGAAGGGGCCUGUUUCGGAUAUUGCGAACGGACAGCCGCUCUCCGGUGAACAUAAGACGAUAUGGGAACGUAUCGCUGAUGCUGAGCCGAGAGAGUUCCUGCGAGGGCUGCUGGGGCGGUGGGAUGAGGUUUCGCCUCCGACUGCGGUUCGAGCGUUCGAGAAGUUGAACGGUUGGACGCCCGAGGAACGGUCAAUGCUCCGCAACAGCGGCAGCGUCAAGGCUUGGUGUCGGGCCAAGUUCGAGGAGAUGUUGAAAAGGAGCGGGUUCUACGUGCGCUUCAUGCGCAAGAAUUCGUCGCGACACGCGUACCGGUGGGAUCCAUGGGAGGAGGGACAAGUGCUGGACGGAGAUCUCGAGGCGAAUGACGAAGGGGAGAAAAUGAUGGAGGAAGCCCCGGUGCAGAAAAGGGAGGGUGAGUCGAAUGUUGAGGAACCGAGCAGAAGCGUUGAGGUUAGGAAGAGAAAGGCGGAGGAAGGGGGCGAUGACACUGGUGCGCCCAAAAGGGUUUGCGGAGCAGGGAAGGGUAGAUCGCCGGGGGAGUCGAGGGUGCCCGAAGAAGGCCUGAUAAACGUGCCAGGAAAGACGCUGAGGGAACACCGUUUCGACAGGGACGGAAGAGUGGAGAAAGACCGGGAAAAGCGGGGGAGUGGAGAAACGGAUGCCGCCAGCCAAAAACUUGGCCAGCCAAGUCAGCUUUCUCUUAGUGAGUGGUUAGUAGAGUUAGUGACAGGUGGAGAGGGGGACGAGCGUGCAGCCGAUACAGCAGAAAAGAGGAAAAGCGGACCAGUCGUUGACUCUGCGGAGGCGGCCGUACCUGAAGGGAGCGCUUCUAAGACAGAAGAAGCGAACGGUAAUCUGGCGUCACGUCCUGCAAGCUGCCUGGAGAGGUCGGAGGCCAUCAGCUCUGCGCGCGCGCUGCUUGACACGUGGACGCCGGACGCGCUGGACGAGGCACGUGGGCUGUUCUACAUGGUGAACGGGUGGCUGCCGGACGAGGACGAGCUGGGGCCGGUGCAAAUUUCCGGAUGGUUUCGGCAAAAGCUGGAGCGCUUGGUUAAGUUUGCGGAAAGGUGCUUUCAGGCGGAAGGCGGCGACGGAGUUGGGUUUGUGAAGUGGGCAGUAGACGAAGCUUCCGUGGCAGUUGAACAUCCCAGCAGAGAGAUCGGGCAAGAGGGGAGUGAAGGGCCGAUGCUGUUGUCUAACGGAGAGUCUUCGAAGGGCGCUGAUCGAAACGCCUUUGAACCGGUAGAAGAGCUUAUUCAGGAACUUGAACCGGUAGGAGAGCUAGAUCGGGAAUUGCUAGGACUACCGCAAAAGGUACUCCGGCAACGAGAAGGAUGUGAGAUCCCGCAGCUCGAAAACUUUCCCCUUACCGAGUCGGACGACUUCAGUGGUCUCGUUCACACCACACAGACAGAAGGCGGGGAUGCUGGUGUAAAUGCGGGGAACCGCCCUGGGGUUGACAACGGAUGGGAGGUCGCUGCUGGGAAUGCUGAAACCCGUGCAGAGCUCGGUGAAAGUGGCAACCCCACUCUCGACGACGUUUCGGUCCGCGAGUCGGCCGGUCCCAGUGGUCCCAUUCGCACCAAUGAGGCAGUAGCCGGGGACGCUAGUGUGACUGCGGGAAGCUGCCCCGGGGUUUUCAACGGAGGGGAGGUCGUUGCCGGGAACGCCGAAACGCGUGGACGGAACCAAAAGCAACGGAACCGGAGCGCCCCAAGCCGUCCCCGGUCCACCGUCGGGCGCCUGCUCCGCGACGUGUGCGCGCUCGCGAACGUGCCCCGCGAGCGCAAGGCGGCCGCGCUGCGUGUGGUGCAGUACCGGCGCGGGAUGCGCGCGGUCGGGCUCGACGCGCACGGCGCGCUCGCGCUGCUGGACGCGGUUGAGUGCGCGGCGGGCGCGCACUUCGCGCGGGACGCGGCGACGGGGCGCUUCGGGAUCGCGCGGCGGCCGGACGGGCGCGAGAUGCGCACGAUGCCAAGCGGGUGGUAUGACGAGGUGGCGGGGACGAACAGGCUGAAGGACACGGACUGGGGGACGGAACUGCUGACGCGGAGUGCCGUGAAGGGGGAUCCGGAUCGAACGCCCGCGGCUAAGGUGCCAGGAGGCUGGUCCGGUGCGGCUCUUACCGCGAGGGAGAAAGUGAAGAUGCACGGAUUCAUAUUGAGGCUGACGGGGAACAUGCUCCAGGUGCUCGCGCACAUGUCAUCAGUAGCGGAGUGGCCAGUCUCGUUGGGCCCCGACGUGGCCGGCCCAUGCGCGGCCACGCCGGCCACUGUUCCAACGACAGCAGUUGCUGCGAACUCCCCGCAGCGCAGCCGCGUCGCGCCGAGCUCUGGCUACGGGGCUAGGCCUUCCGCGAAGACGCCAGCAGGGCCGAGAGGCGGCGCCCAGUUUGUCAGAGACAUUCUCUGUGCGCGAGCAGCCUCCCAAACGGCACCGAAAGCGUCAACGGUCGGUAAAGAGCCCGAGGAAGUGGCUCCUGAUCCCAACGGUGCGGCAAGUAAAGAAGCGCCGGGCAGGCGUGAUCAGACGGCGGAUAUCCUGGAGCAGAUGGGGAUUGGUUGGGGCGAGGCACUGGACACAUUUACCGGGUUGACGGCACGGGACCGCGAAAAGGGCGCGCAGCGAUCCGCGGCUACGCUCCUGCAGAACGUGUGCGCGCUGGCAAACGCGACGCGCGAGCAGAAGAUCGCGGCCCUACGGGAAUUGCAUUACGCAGCGGGUGAGAGUGGGGAAACUAGCCUGGGGGGGAAAGUGGCGGGGGACCUUGCGCUUUUGGAGGCGGUCGAGCGAGCCGCAGCGCCAUAUUUGAUGAAGUGUGAAAAGACUGGGCGAGUGAUGGUGGGGCGGUCUUCUGGGCGGGAAAGGAGGAACAUGCCGCAUGGGUGGCUGGCGAGCGUCGUCGGCCAGGGCGGAAGAGCGGAAACCGGACAAGCGGAAGGAGACGCUCACGAGGGAGCACCUUUGAUAGGGCUGGGGGAUCCAGGUGCGAAGGACGUGCCGAAAGCAAUGACCCAGGACAACACAUUCGGCAGGAACAAGGCGACACAGAUCUCAGAAUUGGUCAAAAAGGUUGUUCAGAUACUCCGGCAGGACCAAUAGAUACUGAGAAUGCGCCUUGCUAAUGUUGCGUCGAUCUGCGAGUCCGACUCAUGUAAGGUCCGACGCAAACAGACUACUGAUGCCGCUUCGCUAAGACAAUUGCUGCCAAACCUCUGUUCUAGGAGUGAUUUCACUAUCUGCAUGAGAACCAGACUUUUGACCGAGAUACCAAGCUCCAUUCAUGCACGUGGCACCGGCCGCCUUCUGGGAAUCCGUA